AUGCCGACUGAAGUUCCAUACGCUGCAGACGCAGAAAUCUCCCUCACAUACGACGAGUUGGAAGUGCUGAAGCUCCAGUACGAAAAGGAGCAGGGGUCCGCAUACGUCUCUGUACAGACCAAGUUCAAUUAUGCGUGGGGGUUAGUGAAGAGCCCACAGAGGGAGCACCAGGUUGAAGGGGUUAGGUUACUCCAAGAGAUUUAUCGGGAUGAGCCUAACAGACGAAGAGAAUGCCUAUAUUAUCUUGCACUCGGCCACUAUAAGAUGGGUAAUCACGAGGAUGCCCAAAAGUUUAACAACUUGCUGCUGCAAAAGGAGCCCUCAAAUUUGCAAGCCCAAAGUCUGGCUUCACUUAUUAACCAGGCUGUUACAAGAGAUGGAUAUAUUGGAAUGGCUCUGAUGGGUGGUGCGGCUGCCGCCGGUAUGCUACUUGUCGCCGGCCUUGUACGCCGAGUGAGCCGCCACGACUAG